UAUUGUUUAUAUCUCUUCUUUCAGAUGUUUUCGACUUCUUCCUAUUAUACAUGCCACACGCUCAUGAAACUAUUACGGUGUCCAUUGUGCUGUAUUUGCUAAUAUCUAUGUUUGUUUGUAUUACUGAUUCUUCUUUGAGGGUGCUUUACCUUGCUUUUUUUUUUUUAAAAAAAAAGACUAGUGUGUGUGUGUUUGUGUAUGUCAAAAUUGAUGAGACCUGACUGGGAGUUGUUAUUGAGACUGAACACCAAUGAUUCGAAGCUAAAGAAGCGAGAAAGGAAUGAAAAGAAAAGAGUAUAAGUUCAAUAAACGC